UCUGUCGCUUCCCCGACGCCUCCCAAGCCCAGCCCCCAACCAGUUCGGAAUCGUCGACGUCGUCGGCGGCGGCGGCAGAGCGGAGCGGAGCGAGCGCGAGGCGCGGGGCCGCAUCGAACGGGAGGAGGGAGAACGCCUCGGCUCCUCCCCAACACCACACCUCCUCUUUCCGACAAGCGAAGCGAGAUGCCGCUGUACGACUGCAUGCUGCUGGUGAAGCCGACGGUGACCAGGGAGGUCGUAGCGGACCUGGUGACCCGGGUGGCGCGCCGCGCCUGCCAGCGCAACGGGGUCGUCACCGACGUCAAGUCCUUCGGCAAGGUCAACCUCGGCUACGGCAUCAAGAAGCUCGACGGCCGCCACUUCCAGGGCCAACUUAUGCAAAUGACCAUGAUGGUUCCACCUUCGUUCCCACAAGAACUUCACUAUCUGAACAAGGAGGACAGGCUGCUUCGCUGGCUGGUCGUCAAGCACAGAGACGCGGUAUAUGGACUGGAGUUCAUCAACGAGGAUGACGGGAGGAACGAGCUGAGCGGUUACAGCCAGGCUCAUACGAAGGAUGACUAUGAUAUCGAGUUUGACUCUGAUGAUGACCGCUGGGACGACGAUGACUCAGACGACGACGACGAGUAUGCAAUCGAGGAGGAGGAAGAGAAGGAGGAGAAGCAGAAGUAGAACUGCUUCGCCAGGUUUCUGCAGUCUCAUCUGUAUUGGCAGAUGCGUUUUCUUUGAAACCAAGUGUUGUCUUUGUAAUAUCUCUUGACUUUUUUUAUAACGUUGUAGGAUAGGAUGAGAGGCAGAACCUAUCAACUUGAUUUUAACACACUUUUGCAUUGUCGAUCAUGCUUGUCAUUAGAUGUUUCAGGCGUGCUCUGCUUCUUGGUUGGAAGCAUGGUGUAUAACGUCGUUCUACGGCUGCUGACAGUCACUACCAGGUUCUACAGCAGUUUGAAUGUUUGAUCCAUUCAUAGUACAACA